CAAAUCAUUUUCCAUUUUAUAAUAAGGACAAGGCUACAUCAGAAGAUAAGCAGUUCACAUUGAAACAAAAUUUAGAAAGUAAGGCACUCACCCACCCAUAUCUGUUGCUCACUCUCAAAAUUUUAAAAAAACUGAUACAAUCCUUCUCUCCACCAUUGCACUCCACUUCAAACAUAAACAAUUACCUAUAAACAACCAUCUAAAAUUCCACUUCCCCCUGCAGACACAUCAUGGCCUAGCUGUUUCUUGGAUCCGGAGAUUCUGGGGUAUAUAUUAAUUUGCAUAUAACUCUUCUCUUUUUAUGAACAAAGUAACCCACAAGACAUGAUUUGGUUCCUUCCCGUUGUUCCUCCCUAGGCUCAAACCUCUGUGUGUGUGUGUGUUCUUUCAUUGGAGUUUGUAGCAUAGCUGUAAUGCCUGUAAAUCCAUGGACCCUCUUCUUCUUAUGCAUUUCCCUUUUACUUCCAUACCAAUUUUUUAUAGCUCUUGCAGUAAACCAACAAGGGGAAGCUCUUCUUUCAUGGAAGAGAACCCUGAAUGGAUCCAUUGAGGUGCUGAGUAACUGGGAUCCAAUUGAAGACACACCAUGUAGCUGGUUUGGAAUCGGCUGCAAUUUGAAGAAUGAAGUAGUACAAUUAGAUCUGAGGUACGUGGAUUUGCUAGGAACACUUCCCACCAAUUUCACCUCAUUGAUUUCCUUGAACACACUCAUCUUAACCGGAACCAACCUCACUGGUCCAAUCCCAAAGGAAAUUGGCAAGCUUGGUGAACUCAGCUACUUGGACUUGAGUGACAAUGCAUUGAGUGGUGAAAUCCCAAGUGAGCUCUGCUACUUGCCUGAGCUCAAGGAGCUUCAUCUCAACUCCAACGAGCUCACCGGUUCAAUUCCGGUCGCAAUUGGGAACCUCACAAAGUUGGAGCAGCUUAUCCUAUAUGACAAUCAACUGAGUGGUGAAGUUCCUAGCACUAUAGGCAACUUGGGAAACUUGCAGGUGAUAAGAGCUGGAGGAAACAAGAACCUUGAAGGCCCUUUACCCCAGGAAAUUGGAAACUGUUCCAAUUUGGUCAUGCUGGGGCUUGCUGAAACUAGAAUCUCAGGUUUCAUGCCACCAUCUCUUGGCCUUCUCAAGAACCUUGAAACCAUUGCCAUGUACACUUCCCUCAUCUCUGGCCAAAUCCCACCUGAACUUGGUGACUGUAACAAACUCCAAAACAUCUACCUCUACGAAAACUCCCUCACAGGAUCCAUUCCAAGCAAAUUGGGCAACCUUAAGAACCUCAAAAGCCUUCUUCUCUGGCAGAACAAUUUAGUUGGCACCAUCCCUCCAGAGAUUGGAAACUGCUACCAGUUAUCAGUGAUUGAUGUGUCAAUGAACUCAAUAACUGGAAGCAUUCCCAGAAGCUUUGGCAACUUGACUUCACUGCAGGAACUUCAGCUCAGUGUGAACCAGAUUUCAGGUGAGAUUCCUGCAGAACUGGGAAACUGUCAGCAACUCACACACGUGGAGCUUGACAACAAUCAAAUCACUGGCACCAUACCCUCAGAAUUGGGAAACCUUGGGAAUUUGACUUUGUUGUUCCUGUGGCAUAACAAGCUUCAAGGUAACAUACCCUCUUCGCUUUCCAAUUGUCAAAACCUUGAUGCCAUUGAUCUGUCACAGAAUGGGUUAACGGGUCCCAUUCCAAAGGGGAUAUUCCAACUCAAGAAUCUCAACAAGCUUCUGCUUCUCUCCAACAAUCUUUCCGGGAAAAUUCCCAAUGAGAUUGGGAAUUGUUCCUCUCUGAUUCGCUUCCGCGCGAAUCAAAACAACAUCACCGGCACCAUCCCCUCCCAGAUUGGAAACCUCAAGAACCUGAACUUUUUAGACCUCGGAAGCAAUCGGAUUUCCGGGGAAAUUCCGCAGGAAAUCUCCGGCUGCCGGAAUCUCACCUUUCUGGAUUUGCAUGCCAACUCCAUCGCCGGAACCUUGCCGGAGAGUCUCAGCAAGCUCAUCUCGCUUCAAUUCCUCGAUUUCUCCGACAACAUGAUCGAAGGCACGCUCAACCCUACCCUCGGCUCGCUAUUCGCUCUCACCAAAUUGAUUCUCCGGAAGAAUCGAAUCUCCGGUUCAAUCCCUAGUGGAAUCAGUUCAUGCACCAAGCUGCAGUUGCUAGACCUCAGCAGCAACCGUUUCUCCGGCGAGAUCCCCGGCAGCAUCGGCAACAUUCCAGGGCUAGAAAUCGCUCUGAACCUAAGCUGGAACCAGCUCUCCGGCGAGAUCCCUCGGGAGUUCUCAGGUUUAACGAAGCUAGGAGUGUUGGAUAUUUCUCACAACAACCUCGCCGGAAACCUCCAGUACCUCGCCGGCUUACAAAAUCUCGUCGCCCUCAACGUCUCGGACAACAAACUCUCCGGCAAGGUUCCGGACACGCCGUUCUUCGCGAAGCUCCCCCUGAACGUGCUCACCGGGAACCCCUCGCUCUGCUUCUCCGGCAACCCGUGCUCCGGCGAAGACACCGGGAGGCCGAAUCAGCGGGGGAAAGAGGCGCGCGUGGCGAUGAUUGUCCUCCUCUGCGUCGCGGUUGUCCUCCUCAUGGCGGCGUUAUACGUCGUCGUUUCAGCAAAACGACGAGGGGACCGCGAAAACGACGCGGAAGAUAGCGACGCGGACAUGGCCCCACCGUGGGAAGUGACGCUGUACCAGAAGCUCGACCUGUCAAUCUCUGACGUGGCGAAAUCCCUCACCGCCGGCAACGUCAUCGGCCACGGCCGAAGCGGCGUCGUUUACGGCGUGGACAUCCCCGCCGCCGCAACGGGGCUAACCAUUGCAGUAAAAAAGUUCCGGUCGUCGGAGAAAUUCUCCGCGGCGGCGUUUUCGUCGGAGAUUGCCACGCUGGCGAGGAUCCGCCACCGGAAUAUUGUGCGGUUAUUGGGCUGGGCCGCGAACCGGAGAACAAAGUUACUGUUUUACGAUUAUUUACCGAACGGUAAUUUGGACACGAUGUUACACGAGGGGUGCGCAGGUUUAGUGGAAUGGGAGACGCGGCUCAAGAUAGCUAUUGGUGUGGCUGAAGGACUUGCUUACCUUCAUCACGAUUGUGUGCCUGCUAUCUUGCACCGGGAUGUAAAAGCGCAGAACAUUUUGUUAGGAGAAAGAUAUGAAGCUUGUUUGGCUGAUUUUGGAUUCGCUCGCUUUGUUGAAGAACAGCAUUCUUCGUUUUCCCUUAAUCCACAGUUUGCUGGUUCUUAUGGUUACAUUGCUCCUGAAUAUGCUUGCAUGCUUAGAAUCACAGAGAAGAGCGAUGUGUACAGCUUUGGGGUGGUCCUACUAGAGAUAAUAACAGGGAAAAAGCCAGUGGAUCCAUCAUUCCCGGAUGGACAGCAUGUUAUUCAAUAUGUUAGGGAGCACUUGAAGAGCAAGAAGGACCCAAUUGAGGUUCUGGAUUCCAAGCUUCAAGGCCAUCCAGACACACAAAUACAAGAGAUGCUACAAGCACUUGGUAUCUCUCUCUUGUGUACCAGUAACCGUGCAGAGGAUCGACCCACGAUGAAAGACGUAGCAGCAUUAUUGAGGGAAAUUAGACAUGAUGUUCCAGCAGGGUCUGAGCCCCACAAGCCCAAGAGAUCCGAAGCUUCGUCCUAUUCCUCCUCAUCGGUGACCCCGGCGCAGUUAUUGUUCCUCCAAUCUAGUUCUCAUUCCUCAUCACUUGCUUAUUCCUCUUCCUCAGCAACCGCAGCAGUAGCUGGGUACCACUCACCAAGGAACCAAUCCUGAAUUGAAGAUUGAAUUGAAGCUAUUAAUUACUAUUAUUUAGGACAUGUAUGGAAAUCCGGAAAUCCUUUUACAACCAUUGAUUCUGCGGAGAAGCUUCUGAGAUUAGCUUCCGAGUGCCAGAAUUGAUUAUGAUGAAAGAGAAGCUGAUCCAAACACGCUAUUAGGUCGUGUUAGAGAUUAAUUUGAUUAUUAGUUUAGUACAAGUAAUUAACUUCAAUGUAAUGUGGGCACUGUAGAGAUUCUACUUUGGGUGUUCAGAUUGAUUGAUGACAAGAUAAAGCAAACUGAGUUGAGUGUACAGCAGCUUAAUUAAUGGACAUGAGAUUUCAUUUGUUCUCUUCACUAAA